AACGUCCGUAUUUUUAAAAAUACAUACUAAUAUACCCUUCCUUAAAUAACCCAUCAAAACCUUUUGUUUUAACUUUUACCUUUCUCUCUCUUCACCCUUUUCACCCACCCUUUCUCUUUCACCCAAAAUUCAACCCAAUAUCAACCACCACCACCGGUUACCACCAUAAUCAGCCACCAAGUUUUUUUUUUUUGUAAGAAACUUCAGCGUUGACGGUUCAAGGGUACGCAGAUGGACAGAAAUCAGAAAGGAAAAGGGAUUGUCUCCGGCGAACAGAUUGAGGGUUCGGGAACACGACACGCUGUAUCACGGCGCUUGAACGCGUCAAUUAGGAGGGAGAGAGACCGAUAUCGUUUUCAGCCUCGUACCGAGACGGGACUAGUCCCUAAUGCUAAUAUGGCGAGUUCGACCUCCGCAGCACAGAGUCAUCAUUCAAGGUCUCAGAGGGAUGGGUCGGGUUUCGAGUCUGACCAGGAGGAGGGUGAGUCACUAGGUCCCGAGUACUCGUACAUAGGAGAACAGGGUUUAUCGGGCGAUGACGAUGACGAUGACGAUGAGGAGGAGGCUGAUGACAUUAUUCAUACGAAUAGGGGUGCUGAUGGAAGAUUUGUAAGUACUCAGGAGACUAGUCGUAGUCGGACUCUGAUACAGGACAGCUGGUUAGUGAGUACGCCGAUGGCCGGUGGUCCAGAGGAUGGUAGCGUUAUUCCUAGAUAUGGUGGUCAUGUUGCAGCUGCAAUUUGGGGUGGUAUGGAGCGAGGUGUUUUGAGAUGAUUGAGUAGGAGAAAGAUGUGCACUGCACUAGAUCAGCUGCGACAGUCGUUAUUACCAGAGACAUUAGCCCCGAUAGAUCAGAGCGGGCUAUUACAUCUUCCUGGUAUUAUGUAUCAGCACCUCGACUGGCCCUUGAUUUCAGCAUUCGUGGAGAGAUGGCAGCCAGACACUAACAACUUUCAUUUGUCGUUCGGUGAGAUAACUAUCAUGUUACAUGACGUGUAUCAUAUCCUUGGGAUCUCUGUAGAUGGUACUAUGGUUUCUACUGUUAUGGACCCCCUACAGUUACGACAGUAUUGUUCGUUCAUGAUGGAUUUGCCUGUCGAGGAGCUACGUAAACCCACUUACGCGCCUAGUGGCGCGCUUUCUUCGAGGGUCCUCGAGACGACCUUCAAUGUUGAGAGGCCCCUUGAGAUCUACGUGGUGUCCUUUUUGUGGAUUUUACUAGGUUCAUCACUCUUUGUGGACAAGAGUGGUAAUAGACUUCAUCCCUCCAUCAUCCAUGAGCUUCAGCCUGUCGAGGGUACAUUUGUCACUAGUUCCUACUCAUGGGGCUCUGCUACUUUAGCGUAUUUGUACCGUCAGUUAGGGCAGGCCUCACGGGCAGAUUGUGAUUCCAUCUCUGGUUGUCUCACGCUUCUUCAAGCGUGGAUUUAUGAGUAUUUUCCAUGCUUUCGCCCUCAGCAGGGCACUCUGACUAGGGAGCUUGGACGUCCACGUGCAUUGUUAUGGGAUGUUGGUUCGCCACCGAAGAGCCCAGAUCGACUUUAUGCUUUUCGUGCUCGACUUGACGUGUUGAUUGACAUUGAGGUAAACUGGCUGCCUUACGGACCUGACCCUGCCAGUGUUGUUCCUACGACGUUGUUCUCGGGAUUUUUACGGUAUCGCAACAUCAUUGAGCCAUAUAUGCCUGAUCGAGUUGUCAGACAGCUUGGGUUAGUACAAGGUAUACAUAGGUACCCUAUUAGGCCCGAGAAGGCCAAGAGACCGAAGAAGGUUAAGAUGUAUAAUAUUGAGUUCCCGGCUGAGACGUCCAUACACAUGUGGGAGAGCUUUAUUCCAUUUGCUGCGUAUUGUCUACCAGUGGCUCGCUACACUAGACUCAGUCGCGGCAGUCCUACAUGCACGGACGAUUACAUUCCAUGGUUGGUCCAGAUACUCUCACCCUCGUGUGUCACCCCCUGACGUACCUCAGGGUCGCGGUCUUCCCGAGAGGACCAAUACUGAUUAUUGGGUUGGACGCUUCGUUGAUUUCACACAGCGUGCACUAGCUGAGUCGCAUGGGCCCAUGUCCCGUGAGACUAAGGCCAUGGCUACACAGGCCCUUCGUGAUUGGGAUGUUAUGCGUGGGUUAUGAUUUGAGUUACGCUAGACAAUUUUAUUCUUGGUUGAACAGUUUAAUUGUUAGUUGAACACUUUUAUUAUUUUGUUUUUAUGAUUGUAAUCGGACACUUUUAAUAUUUGUACGGACAUUAGCACUUUACUUGUUAGUGUUUUUUUUAUAAUUAUUUUUGGCAUGCUAACUUA